UUAUCACCUGAACUUGUUCCUGGUUUGCUUGUCUCACCACUGUUGCUGAAAAACAGCUUCUUGAAAAUACAUGAUUUGAAUGGAUGGAUAUUUCUCAAAAUGAGAGACAAAAGGAAGAUUACUUUUUGGGGAACCAAUUUGAAGGAUUCGUGGUUUGUAGACAAGCCUGAACCCAACGGUAACUCUUCAGAAAUUCUAAAAUCAGAAACUACAGGGCUUAUAACUUUUUCUCUUGACAUGGAAAGCUAAGGAAGACUACUGUUCCUGCUGGGAGCAGAAACAAGGUAACGUGCAGGAAGUAAAACAGAGUAACAGCCUGUAUGUCCUUGAUGAGUGUCAGACUGCUUCAGGUUGAAGUGGGUGAUGAAAGGGUAUAUACAUAACUCCAGCAACCUCUGAGUGGUUUUUAUCCCAAAGUGCUCACUCACCAGAGAAACAGGCGUGAGUGAGUAUAUUAGUGUGUGUGUGUUAACAUAGUAAAAAUGGUGACUAUCUCAACAUUGUGGUCAGGCUGCUGAGGUCCAAUCCCUAGCUCUAUCUUUUAUUCACUUUAAAUUUCAAAGCCUCCAUGGAGGCUCCUCAUCUGUAACAUGGAAAUGAAUGUGUUUAUAGUACCUUCUCUAAAGAGCUGUUUUGUGGGUUACCUGAUAUCAUUCAUGUAAAGGGCUAGCACAGGUUAAAUGUUGUUAUGAUAAACAUCUAUUCCCUAUUCAGUGGAGCACAUGUGAUGUUAUGCACAUCCAUAGAAGAGAAACCCCUGCAUCCUUCAGGAUGUGGCAGAAAAAAAUCUAGCAGCACACAAAUGCCAGGUGACCUUGUGUUUCUGAGCACCCUGAGCCUACAUUCUCAUAAGUAUGUUUUUGGAGUCCACCAUUUAAAGACUCUUUCCACUGGGUUUAUUACCAUUUAUGACUCAGACAAGAGUGCAGUCCAUUUCCUAAAGGUUUUGCUUGGGAUAUCAUGAGGCUAGACAAGAAAUGUGUUCUAAUAUAAGACUUUCCAUUUACUGGUGCUUUCUCAAGCAUAACUAAGAAUUCAACCAGUUUGGAGGUAAUCUCCUGGAUUCUCACUCUUUAACCUAUAAUAUUCAGAUUCGGGAAGGGACCCUCUGGCACAUUACAGCGACUACAAAGUUAUGGCUUUCCUAGAGGAAAUCUCAGUGGAUAAGGUGAUAUAGCAAUUGUGCCAACCAUGGAAGUGGACAGGGAGCCGACUCUUUUAAGUACUUAAGCAGCAACUUUGAAGACUGUUUAACACUUGUUUUGCUCGCUAAAUGAGAUUGUCCUGCCUUCAAUUCUCCAAGCUAAAUGCACAGUGGAUGGUUGCCUUGGUGACAACCCGUAAACUAAGCAGUCUCUUUGCAGCUAACUGAAGGGUUUGUACACACAGAACCAGCUUUAAUUAUUUUUUUAAAAGUACUUGGAGCUGUGCAACGUCGGAAAAUAAUCAAAGAAACAAAUCUAAAUCUAUGCUGCUUUUAAAUGGAUCUCUUGAUGAAGUGUGGUCUGACAGCUGUUCCAGAAAUGAGUGCCACAGUGAAUUAGGAUGAUGUUGACUGCUAUUUGGCUUGGUGAUCCUUCAGCUGUGUGCCAACUCCCUCGGCAGAACACACAGCAACUAUAUGGAACUAGGAAGAUGAAUAAAAAUAAACUGAUUCAUGAUUUCCUGGAAGUGGUUUCAAGAGGGGAUGUGGAACUCAUAUGUGACCAUAUUACUAAAGUGCAUUCUAUCCUUGGAAACCUUGACUUUCAGCAUCCAAAGACUGGGAAUACACCUCUCAUUACUGCAGCAGAAGAAAAUCUAACAGAGGUUGUUGAAUUUCUUCUGAAAAAGGGAGCUGAUAUCACCCUUUGCAAUUACAGCAGUCAGACUGCAGUUCAUGUGGCUAAUUAUGAUGUCCAAAGACAGCUCUUGGCCAUCAGUGGAAUCCAGGCUCCCCAAAGGCAGCUUCUACAAAGCUCCUGGCAAGGUGAUCUUGAACAGCUUCAACACUUGCUGGCAUCUGAAGAGUUCCUGGAUAUAAAUUUCCCAAACCAACAUGGCUUGACCCCUCUAAUGCUGGCUGUGAGGGAUGUGGAUCUGUUUGAGAGUCUUGAUAUGCUAACCGUCUACAGACCUGUGGAGGUUCUGUCUGAGCUCCUCAGGCAUCGGGCAGAUCCUAAACUCUGUGAUUUUAGUGGAAAAUCAGCAAUACAUUAUGUGUCACAAAUACAGAGUUUUAGAAAACAGCAGUUACUGGACAUUCUAAUGAAUUCUAUGCCAAAACCAGAAAGACAUGCUGAAUCAUUGGUUGACAUCUGUCAUGAUACAAACUCUUCUCCAACUGAUAUGAUAGUUACUAAAAACCAAAAUAUCAUCUUGCAAAGCAUCAGCAGCAAUGAGGAGUUUGACCAAGACGAUGACAGCCCUCAUUCCUUUCUGGUUAGUGAAGAAGGAGAUCCAAGCGGUGACGGACGAGAUUGGCAACCCAGGACAGAAGAUGUUGAGAUUAUUGUUACUUUUCCAAGAGAUGUCAGUCGUCCCCAAGAAAUGAGUCAAGAAGAUUUACAAGAAAACAAUCAGAUAACCUCAGUGCACCAAGAAUGGGCAAGAGCCCAUUCUGUUUCUUUUCCAAAUGAAAUUGAGGUGGUGGAUUUCAGGACAAAGAUGCUGACCACACAGCCUUUGCUUCUGAAGAAAGAGGAACAUUCCAAGGAGCUCUGUGAUGAGAACUUGGGCUUUUUGUUGCCAAGACCUUGCUUAGAACCAAAGGUCACCAAGUCUGCAGCCGGAGAAGACGUUCCUUACUUUCUGAAGGAGCAGCAAAGAAAAUCUGAAGAGUUUUCUUCCUCUGAUGUGAAGAACAGUAGUCGAAGAAUAGAGUUUCUUCUUCCACCAUUGCCACUCUUGCCCAUGAGAUCUGGUCUCCUAACUAUCCCCCCAAAUGACAAAGAUCUAAAAGAGAGAGAAAGGAAUAUUCCAAGCCUUAUAUCCUCUACACCUAGGCUCCUAGAGCCUGUUAGUCGAUGUGAUGAGCUUAGACCAUCAAACAAGCAUCAGGACACCCCGCGGAAAGUGUGUGUGGAUCAAACUCUCCCAUCUUCUGAUAGCUCUAUUUGGUCCAGAAACAUGUACUCUUUUUGGAAGUCUAACCAUCACCGACAACACCCGGAGAUGGGGGAGCAUAGGAAAUCCAAGGAAACAGAAGGAUGUGACAAAUUGGAAAUGUCACACUCUGAAAAGGGGCACUCUUUGGUGUCCUUUGAGAGCUUUAAAGAAGGCGGUUUUCCUAUGGUUAGGCAAGUGGAUAUUGACUGCCAUGCUAGUGAGAUGAGAAAAACAGAAGAGAACUCUCAAUAUCUUUCAUCAGGGAAAAGAGAGGGUUCAGUGGCCAGAAACUAUGAACAAGAUUCAGAAGUUGGAUGUACUGUGCCAAUCAAAUUCCAAGCAGCAUGGCAUUCAGAAAGAACUCCAAGGCAGGAUGAGGAGACUAGACAUGAUAGUGCUGAUUCAAAAAGUGCUUCAGUACAUAAAGGUGAAGCAAUUGAGCCAAAUUAUAUUUUAGAAGAGUAUACUACACUUAAAAGCUUGUCCAACAUAAUCCCCGAUGGCCCCAUUGAAAAGCUCCCAGAAGGUCAGCACAGCACAAAGACAAACAUAAAAAUAUCAGUAACAGAGGCAAACAAGCCAGAAAUAAAUGGAAUGGUGCCUCUUAUCCACAUCACUUUCCCUGGAGACAGAAUUCCCAAGGAACAAGCAAUAGCCAAACCAAGCCUCCAAAAAAGAAAUGGUGUCCUGCAUAACAACAGUAGCUUCAACAUACUUGCACACCAAGAAAAUGACAGGCAUAAGGUGAAAAUUCAGAGAAAUAAGUUGGAUUCAAAGACCAAAACCAGCAACAGGACACCCCAGAACUUCAUGAUUCCCACUGAAGUUUCUAUUAAAACUACCAUGCAUACAACCAGCCUCAAAACUCAGGUUUUCCCUUCUUUGGGGCUUACUGACCCCAGACCUCAGCAAUCACCCAAGUUCCAAAGGAGAAUGCCACAAAUAGAAAAGAAACCAUCAACUUACCGGGCUCUAAAACCUCAACAGCAAUCAUUUCCUUGCAUCUGUAAAAAUCCAGGAAUAAAAAAGUCUUCUGUUCCUCUCUCUGUUCAACCAACAGAGCCAAGACUCAAUUACCUAGAUCUUAAGUAUAGUGACAUGUUCAAAGAAAUCAAUUCAACUGCUAAUGGACCUGGAAUCUAUGAAAUGUUUGGGACUCCUGUUUAUUGUCACAUUCGAGAGUCUGAACAGCAUGAAAACAAAUAUUACCGAGAGAUAUGCUCAGCUCCAUCAGGCAGAUGUAUUGCCAGUAAAUGCCAGUCUUCACACAGUGAGAGAAGCAGCAAUGGCAGAACAAGACUUUCUCAGAAAAGACCACAUGCUAAACCACCAAAGACUUCACUUGCCAUUAAACAAAAGCACAAAACUUUAAUUUCUAAAGAAAAGGGGUGCAAGGCUGUAAGCAGCAACCUACAAGACAUUGAAAAUGGUGAUGGUAUUUCAGAACCAGAGUGGCAGAUAAAGUCUUCAGGAAAUGACUUUCUAUCUUCCGAAGAUGAAGUUCAGCCUAUGAACUUGGCUCAGACUCAUGAACAGUCCUCUGAGCAGAACAAAUUCCUGCCUGUCUCAGAUUUGUCCAUCGUUGAAGAAGUCUCCAUGGAAGAGUCUGCUGAUGAAGGGGACAUUUCCAACAAUCAAAUACUUGCCACAAGCCUCAGAGAUCUGCAUGAACUUGAAGAGCUACAUCACCAGACCCCAUCUGUCCUCUCAGAAAACAGCUGGGCAGUACCCAGUGAGAAGAAUUCCCACAACCCUUUACAGCAGGAAAAGCAGAAAACAGCAUUGUUUGGUAAAAUAAAUGACAACCAAAUUUUAACUAAUGAUGUAGAAUUUGAUAGUGUUUCAGAUAAAUCUAAAACACUUAUGAGAUUCUCUUUCCAAGAGAAACAAUCAAGUGCAUCAUCCCAGGCAUAUCAACAUUGGGUACGUUCUUUGGAUCAUGAUAGUUUAGCUAGUAAUCCAAUUACAUAUCAAAUGUUUGGGAAAACUUUAAAUGACGAAAAUUCAACUUCCCAAGAAACUCUCGACUCUCUAAACAAUGAAGAAUUGACAGAUGAGCUAUUAGGUUGUCUAGCUGCAGAACUACUAGCUCUGGAGGAGAAAGAUAACGACUCUUGCCAAAUAAUGGCAAGUGAAACUGAUCCUGAAAACUCAAAUCUUGUCCUCAGAGGGAACACCAUGCAAGAAUUGGGCCAAGAGACCACAAAUGUCAAAAUACAGAGAUAUAGUAAUGGUUUCAGGAUAUAUGACAAGGAAGAGAAACUUCUCAACUCAAAUGAAAAAAAGACAUUUUCUGAAAAUAGUUUGAAGUAUGAAGAACCUAUCCUGUGGACCAAGGGCGAGGUCCUUGGGAAAGGAGCCUAUGGCACGGUAUAUUGCGGCCUGACUAGCCAAGGGCAGCUAAUAGCUGUGAAACAGGUGGCUUUGGACACCUCUGAUAAGUCGGCCACUGAAAAAGAAUACCGGAAACUGCAGGAGGAAGUAGAUUUGCUCAAAGCACUGAAACAUGUCAACAUUGUGGCCUAUUUGGGGACAUGCUUGGAGGAGAACAUUGUAAGCAUUUUCAUGGAAUUUGUUCCUGGUGGCUCAAUCUCUAGUAUUAUAAACCGUUUUGGGCCAUUGCCUGAGAUGGUGUUCUGUAAAUAUACAAAACAAAUUCUGCAAGGUGUUGCUUAUCUCCAUGAGAACUGUGUGGUGCAUCGAGAUAUCAAAGGAAAUAACCUUAUGCUCAUGCCAACUGGAGUAAUAAAGCUGAUUGAUUUUGGCUGUGCCAAGCGUUUGGCCUGGGCUGGCUUAAAUGGCACCCACAGUGACAUGCUUAAGUCCAUGCACGGGACUCCAUACUGGAUGGCCCCAGAAGUCAUCAACGAGUCUGGCUAUGGAAGGAAGUCGGACAUCUGGAGCAUUGGCUGUACUGUGUUUGAGAUGGCCACGGGGAAGCCUCCGCUGGCUUCCAUGGACAGGAUGGCAGCCAUGUUUUACAUUGGAGCACACCGAGGGCUGAUGCCUCCUCUACCAGAACACUUCUCAGAAAAUGCAGCAGACUUCGUGCGUAUGUGCCUAACCAGGGACCAGCAUGAACGACCUUCUGCUGUUCAGCUCCUGAAGCAUUCCUUCUUGAAGAGAAGCCACUGAAUAUACAUCAAGACUUCUUUCCAGUUCCAUUAGAUACUCUAUUAUUGCUCAUUGUGGGAUGAUGGUUAAGGGACCUUUGUUUUCCUACUGGAAAUUCAACUAACCCAAUAUAACCUGACCCUGAGUCUCUAACAAGUUUUAGUUAUAUUUUAGCCUCCUCAAGCUUCAGGCAUGAUUACCCAUAUAUGAAAAAUUUUUCUUGAGCCUGAACAAUAAAAAACCUAUUCCAGUGUUUGCAGUUUGACUCUGCAGGAACUACAUCUAUUGCUUUAUACAAUAAUUCCUUUCAUUUUGGCCUGUCAAUUUUAUUGUCAUUAAAUUGUAAAAACAAGAAAAAUUGUAUUUUCUUGCUUGGCAGGUAGACACCUAUUUAAUUCUUGCAAAGGAGACUAGAGGAAAGUGAGAAGUUAAAUGUAGAGAGGUUACAUUCUGUUCACUUUGGUGGCAAUUUUACCUUUGCAGACUACAGGAGCCUCAAGGUUAACAAGAGCUAAGGUCCCCUAACUCAGAAGUCUUCACCUACAAGAAACUGGGCUAUUCAAGGUGGCUCCAUAAAACCUCAGGCUGCUUUCCCUGUAAUUUAUAGUACGACUUGAGGUCUUCACUUGUUUGCAGAGUGAAUUAGGUCAUUAUCAUAUCCAGAACUAGCUAAACCUAACCCAGUGGGUGGGAUGAAAACUAGGUCUGAUAGAGUGGGGUCAGCAUCUAAACUUUUUCAGGGCACUUUGCUCACCUGGAUGAAAUACUUCUUGCUGAGAUCACUCUUCACUUUAAUUUCCAGAACAUAGGUAACUUCACAAAAAUGAACAUGGAUAAGUUGUUAGGAUCACUACAAGGCCUUGUUAUAAGUUGCUGCAUUAUGCAUUUUUGGUAAGGUUUCUAUUGCUGAGACUCCACUCACCUCCUAAACUUCACUGACACCUGUUGUUUUAAGCUCUAUCUACAGAUUCUUUGUACUGGCUGGUAUAAUUUCAAGGUGGCACUACUACAAACUUUAGGUGUCCUAACAGUUGUCAGGCCUUGUCGGAAUCAAGCUGCUGCUUCAAAAAGUUUUUGAGAAAUCCAUUUGAAAUUCAAGUCAGCUGACACAAAACAGAUUUUACUUUGACCAACAUGUUUUCAUAGGUUUUUAUGAAUGUACCUUCCUCCUCUCCCAAUUUGCACAGUUCCUGUAUUUGAUAAAAAUUUAGGGUAUGUCUCCAUUAUUUUACUUAGUAUUAUUAUAAUCAAUAUAUAUAAUCUGAAACAUAAUUUUGUUAUGGUAGGGUUCAACUGCAGUAGGGAUCUUCAGCAUUCUUUAAAAUCUGGUUAUAUCUGAUUUCAGAGCAAUUAACUGUUAACUUUCAAGCCUAUAAAAUCCUAUACAUUCAUUUACAUUCAAGCCUAAAAAACUUCAAGGCCAUCCAACUGGUGGAUGGGAGUUGGGAUUCCCACCGAUACGUCUCACCUUAAUGCCCUUUCCCUCCUGCUUCCCACAUUUGUCAAGUUACAUGAAAUCAGUUGCAUCACUUGUUUUACUCAAACACAACUCCACUGAGAUGCUGAUAAACUUACCAGUUUAGUGAAUGAUUCUGAUUCCUUUAAUGAUGUGAGCAGCUUUUCAUUUCUCACCUACCUAGCAGCAAUAUUGCCUGCCCUCUGUGACCAACUCCCUCACCAGGCACAAUGCCCUGCUUUUAAUCAUUUUCAAAAGUGCAUUUCCUUACAUACUGAAUCUUUCUGUAGGAUCUGGGAUCCCAAGCUCAACUAAAGGAAAUUUAAAUCCUCCCCCAAAUCCUAAAAAUACAGUUCUAACUCUAUUGCAUCUCUUUAACAUCAACCUACUUUAGCACUUACACUUGGAACAUUUCUCAGUGGCUGAAUUAGGAAGAGUUGCCAUAGAGGAAAAGAUGGCAUCGGGGAGUGUAGUAUUCCAUUUAUUUGUUUUACCCACUCCCUCCGACAUAUCCACUAGCAGUCUUGGGCCUUCCAAUAGUGUAAUGAAUAGCACCAAGAUAAAAGCCCAUUUAACAUGCCCAGUGAGCAGUCAAGAGCCUCUAUUCCCUACCAGGCUGUCUUUAUUCCUCAUACCUGACACAUUUCAAAGUAUUAUUUCAGUUUAAAGCAGCUAAUGUAGAAACUUGAAUUUAAAAAGGCUUUUCAGGGGAUUCUGUCAGCAUUACAUACUCAGCAUAGACAGUCUUAAUCUUCAUUGGUAAUCAACGAACUUAAGAAAUCUUCAUGUAUGGCACUGUACUUUGAAAAGUUGAAAACAAACAAUCCUGAGGAAAAGCUAUAGUAACUUUAUCCAAUUGCCAUGACCUCUCAUGGCUUAGUGUGAAAGCCAUGGCUGAAUUCAUCCCUAAAUGCUGCUCCUACAGAUUGUGACUUGAAAGACUGACUGAUCUUGGGUAUAUGCCUGAACACUUUUUAGGUCUAAAUAAGCCUUCUAAUUUCAAUUGCAAUAUGAUAAAAACCCUCAUUAGUAAGCCCUACAUGGCUUUGGGAGGUUUUGAGGGAACAAGCAGGUAAUAUACUACAGCUAAAACAAAUGUGUGAUUUUCAUUACAUUGAAAAUAGCAGGGGAAAAUGGAAGAAACAACUAAGUAGAAUGAGUUACUAAACAGAAUUACUAACUUUGGUUAAAUGUAAUUACUGAUUCUGUACUAUUCCUAAAAAAAACUCACGUUAACUUCUUGUAUGCUAAUAAAAUAAAACCCUUACUGGUAUAACCAACAGAAGAUUAAGACAAAUCUUUUAAUGUGAUUUUGUAACAUUUAUUUUACAUUUAGGCUUUAAAAUGUAUUUUAGAAGAAUUAAUUUUUCUUAGUUCUAUUUUAGUAAAACCAUUUCCAAGGCUUCCGUUUUCUCUUAAGUGGAAGGUACAGGAAAGUUGGUG